AUUCCAACAAGAGGUCGCCUUGUCCUUCGAGACCCAAGCAAGCCUUCAUGAAGAGCUCGAGAGCGUUCCUCUGGCGUCCGAGAGCAUUGACGACUUCGGUGCCAGGCUUGACGAGAGGAGCCAUGAGCAUGAGCUCGGCCAAGAUGGAGAGAUCGAGGAUAAGAGGCGAGGCGAGGAGAGAAUCCUCGCACUCGUUGAAGAUGUUGAUGACGCUGCGGCCGCCCAUGCAGAUUUCGCUGUAAAGAAAACGGGUCAAUACGGAUUCGGUCAAUAUAAAAAAUCCGCUUACUUGAUGACGACGAGAUGGUUGGGCGCUCAAGUUCCUGCCGUCAUUGUUGCCAAGAUGGUUAUAGCUGGCAAUGCUAAGGGGCUUGAUACCAGCGUUGACCAAGAACUCGGUGAGGACAGACUUGACUUUGGUCUGGCCAGACUUGAGAUCGUCACCACCAAUGAACGACUUGUGCUGCUCAGCGAGCUGAAUGCAACCAGGAACGAAAGUGUUUUGAGGAGCACCAUUGAUGAAGGGGCAUCCUUCGAGGAUAGCAGCGACAGCAAAGAGGGUAGAAGGCGAGACCUCAUCGUGCGAGUUCUUGAUCGCUUUCAAGAGGUUGUCGGCGGUGUCGUUGACGCCCUCGAUGAUCUCGCUAUAGCGCUCAGUGUUGGCGGUCCAGAAAACGACGACGCUGUCACAUCCGUGGGUUUCCUUGAACUCGCGAAUAUCCUUGCGGAGGUGCUCGAGGUGGGCUUGCUUGUCGGUACCGGGGAUAAGGUUAUCCGCACGUUCCUCCUGGUUGGCAGCGAUAAAGUCAGGGUAGUAGAUACUGGGAAGAGGGUGGAUGGGAGCCAUCAAGGGAGAGAUUUGGCGCUGCAAGUCGUAGGGGAGGACCUGGGCGCGAGCCAUGGCGGCAUCGAGGGGAGCGCCGGAAAUGUCCCAUCCGCCAAUGACGAGGUCGUUGGGGUGAACGGUGGGGAGCACAUUGGAGAGAGGAACAUGGAUGUCAGAGCCGGUCGUGGGGUCCACACCGAGACGGAGGGUGGAAGCGCGGAGAAUGGAGCCAAUGUAGUUGGGCUUUUGGACACCCUCCUUGGUGCGCCAGUGGAUAUUGUGACGGUUGGCAAGAAUCGUAGCGGUCAAAGUGGUGCCGUUGUUGCCACCCAAGCCGACCAUCAUCAAGCUGUACACAUUCCGGAAAACUACAUACCCGAGCUUGGGGACCUUCCUGGCGGUCCUGAACUCAAAGGUCUUCUUGGUAGGGCGGACUUUAAGCACACCAUCCUCGUUGGUGACGGUUUGGCCGUGGUAGUCAAAAGUGGACGUGAUGUAGUCAUCCGUGUACUUGGUCCUCUCGCUUUCAACGACGAUCGGGAGCUCGGUCCUCGCAGCGGUAGGAUGGAUUUCUGCAUCGUUGGGGGUGUUGACACCAGUGUACUGGGGGGGAGUGGGAGUUUGAGGGGCCAUUCUCGUUAA